AUGUCGCUGUUCCUGGAGGACCCCGCUCAGCUCUCUAAAUCCAGACUGAAGUCGGACCUCGUUGCCCACAAUGUCGCGCUGCCACCUGCCAAGAGCAGGAAGGAGGUUUACGUGGAGCUGCACUUAAAACACAUCGAGCAGAGAACCGCAGCGGAUUUCUCCAGCGACGAGGAGGAUCAAGUACAAUAUGUGGCCGACCAGGAGGAGGGCGCAGAGAUGCCCGACCCGAGGGGCUUGACUGAUGAUGACCUCAUGGCCGCUCUGCUCGAACACGGGGUUACCGCUGGGCCCAUAGUCGCCUCCACCAGAGCCGUGUAUGAGAAGAAGCUCAGGAAACUGCUUCAGUCGGAUGGACAUGGCCGUCUGAACGGAGUAGAGCCAGGUGUCAUGUACUCUGACAGUGAAGAAGAAGAGGAGGAUGAUGAAGAGUCAGGUUCCGAAGGAGAAGAAAGGAAUAAAAAGUCUGAGUCGGCACAACCAGGCAGCCGCCAGGUAGAGUUGUGUUUUCAGAAUGGUGACUUUCUUUACCCGCAGUGCUUUUUACCCCAAUCAAGGCUGCUCGCUCGUACUUCUAGAAACGGGGAACUGAGUCCCAAGUGGAAUUCGGGGAAUGCGAUAAAAUCAUUGGAGCGGGGUCGGCCUAGCUGCUCGCAGAUUCCCGUAGGAAUUAGUAGAGCAUCCUCUGUAGAUCAACGCUCCGGAUUAGGAUCAGGGUUUCCAUCUGGAUCAGUUGUGCCCAAUGGCGACUCAACAAUUUCCUCUCAGGCCUUCAGCAUCACUCAAAUGGUUGAGGAGAUGGAGAGUUCGAGGUCGCGCUCCGUGAGCAUAGACACUGGGGGAGAUUUGAAUGGGUGCAAUGAGCAGGAGCAUUGGCCGUGGUCCAACGGGCUGGACAUGUCAACACUGAACCAGGACACCAUGAAGAACCAGUCCCUGUACUACACCCCCAAGGCUUCCACUUACAAUUGGGAAAUUAAGGAGCCCGUGAAAGAUACUUUCAGGGACAAGCUUCCAAACACUAAUGCCACCCCCACAAGGAUCUAUGCCACUUGUCGGAGACCCAUCAAGGGUGCAGCAGGGAGACCUGUUCAGUACACGUACCCAGACACUCCUGCCAGUCCCACGACCUUGGAGAGACAAGAGGUCGAGCGCCGCCUUGUGCCAGUCCAGAUACAGAUUUUGGUCUUCGUCACUGUGGUGUGCCUCUUGUACCUCAUUUAUGUUUGUGUUGAAGAUGACUCGUUUAGUACAUUCGUGGCCUUACUGGACAGUCUAAACCAGGGUUCAGAGAGUGAGGAGGGGCUUUCGCUUCAGGCUCAGAUACGGGAGGCACCAGCACUCUCUGAACUGGAGUAACCCGGGGCUCUUUUAAUGCUCCAC